UCAGAAUCAAAGCCCAAGAAGCUUAGAAUAGAAACAUUUUUAUAUAUUAGUUAUUUGUAGAUUCUUUGUAAGAUAUCUUUUAAUUUCAGUAUAAUUUUAGGGUGUAAGAACUUAUACUUGAUAAUUAAUUUAAUUAUAGACAUUAUCUUUUCAGAGAUUUUAUUAUUCGUACGGCUGUUGUGUUCCAAUUUUUUUUUUUCACAAGAUAAGGAUAGAUGUCAAAUGAUAAUAAAUCAGACUUAGAGUCUCAUAAGUCAUAUUCGGAAGGCACAAGCAAUUCUAUAGCUGCAUUUCCUAUUCAUGGAAAUAGUCCGACCAAGGCUGGAAGAUCUUCAUCUUUAAGAAGUAGCUCAGAAGAUGGAGAGAGCAUAUAUAGGACCAAGACAAAUCAGACUGAGUUGUCGAGGAUACUAAGUGGGAUAAGAGAUGAUAUAACUCAACAAUUUCAGGAUAAUUCUGAAGCAAAUCUGUAUAAUGAAAGAGCCUAUGCAGAGCCUAUUUUGGUGAAUCAAUUAGAUAUUAUCUCAAGACAUAGCACAAGACUACCAGAGAUAAGUAAAGCUUCGAGUCGAGUUUCACAAGGUAGGAAAGAACAAGAGGACGAAAGAGAGGAAGAAGAGUACGAAGAAGGAGAAGAUUAUUAUGAAGAAAAGAAAGAAGUGAACCCUGAAGAUGAAAUAAUUGAUGGAGAACAUCCAAUUGAUGGUUGGUGGUCUAUUUUAAUGUCCUUGUGUACGAUGUUAUUAAUUGUAUGUUGUUGGGGAGUAAAUAGUGCCUAUGGGGUGUUUUUGGAUUUUUAUCUAUCAAGUAAUAGAUUUCCAGGUGCUACUCAAUAUGAUUUUGCAUUGAUUGGUGGGCUAGUUGUUCUCUUAGCCCAAGCUAUGGCUCCCAUUAGUAUUAUUGCAUUUAGAAUGUUUGGCUUCAAAAGGGUUGCAUUUUUCGGUGCUGUUGUUCAAACAAUAGCCUAUAUAUUAGCAUCAUUUGCUACAAAAAUUUGGCAUUUAUUCUUGACUCAAGGUUUAUUAGUUGGAGUUUCAUUUGCAUUUGUAUUCUUACCUGCAACUUUAGUGUUACCAACUUGGGUUAAAAAGAAGAGAGCUACAUCAAUGGGUAUUGCUGUAUCUGGUGCUGGAUUAGGUGGUGUUAUAUUCUCAUUAUCAGUAAAUGCUAUUAUUGAAAAAACUGGAGAUCAGCAAUGGGCUUUAAGAAUGUGCGCUAUUGUAACCUUUUUCUUAUCAAUGUUGGCCGUAUUAAUUAUGAGACCAAGACGAUUGAAAAAUCCACCAACUUUGAAAGAAACAGCAACCUGGAAUAAUCUUAAAGUUAGUGCUAGAGUAGUAUUUGAUAUAAAAGUAUUCAAUAACUAUGCCUUAGUUGCAUUAGCAUUUUGGUUCGCCAUUGCUUUAUUGGGUUACAUGUUGCUUAUCUUUUCCAUUGCUUCUUAUGCUACGUCUGUUGGCUUAAAGCCUUCUCAGGGUUCCGCAUUAACUUCAAUUUUAAAUGCUGCUCAAGUAGUUGGUAGACCAUGUAUGGGUAUUAUCGGUGAUAGAUUUGGUAGAGCAAAUUUAACUAGCAUUCUUUCAUUAUGUAUUGCUAUACUUAUAUUUGCAUUUUGGAUUAAUGCUACAACUUAUGGGACGUUAAUUGGUUUCUGUGUACUCGUUGGAGCUAUUGUAGGAAUUGGUAGUUCUAUGGCCCAACCUAUAGCUACUGACAUAGUAGAAGAUACACCACAGAAAUUACCACCAGUUUGGUCAGGUAUGAAUAUUUUCGUUUCAGUAUUCUGUUUAGUUGCUGAAGUAAUUGCUCUUGCAAUGACACAGAAGAACUCUUCUCGACCAUUCUUGCAUUCACAAAUAUUUGCUGGUUGUUGUUUCCUUACAUGUAUGGGACUUAUGCUAGUAGUUAGAGAAUGGUUAGUACGAGAUAGACUUAAGAAGAUAUUGGCUACGACUAUCAGCAAUCAUAAUAUAUUGCAAAAUCAGCAAAGAAAACCAAUCACCUAUUUAAAGACUUCUGAUUUGCAACCACAACAAUCGGCUCAAUCUGAUAAUAAGAAUGAAGAGGAGGAAUUACAAAUAUUAGAAGAAAGAAUUGCAAGGUAUAAUACUUUGUUAGGAAAAACACCAUUAUCAUUCUUCAUAAGAAUGUUUUAUCCUAUCAAAGUUUAAUGCUAAUUAACGUAAACUUAUAGAUUUUCGUAAGAGUAAAAUACAAAUGACAUUUAAAUUUUAAAAACUCUUUUAAUUUUUAUAUUUAUAUUACGUAUGACCUUU